CCCACCUCUUCAUUUCUCUGCAGUUUAUUCCAGGGUGGACACACUGCGUUACUGAACUGUACGCGCACACAUUGCUUCUCCUCCUCAGAGUCAAUCUGGAAAAAAAGUUAAAGAUGGGGAAAAUUAACGGAUGCCUCAAAUGCCUUUUUAUCUUCUUCAAUGUGCUGUUUGCGAUCAUCGGAUGUGUGCUGAUGUACUUGGCUGUGAAAGCGACCGCCCUCACUUUAUCGAUCUCAUCAUUCGGAGGUCCAGGUCUGGGCUGGCUUUGGGUGAUUGCUAUCGGGGUCCUUGGCAUCUCCUGCCUGGGAAUCUUUGCAGCUGCCUCUGAGAAACUCCUCAUCCUCAAAAUAUUUGCAGGUUUCAUGGGGCUAGGAAUGAUCAUCAUGCUAAUCUUUGGGAUUGUUAUGGCUGUCAUAAGAAACAAGGUGUCUGAGGGCUUUAAGGCCGCCUCCAAUGAAUACGCAAAGCCCAUCAUGGAGAAUGAAGAAUCUCGAGCCAUGAUUGAAGCUCUGCAGGGACCUGGACAAUGCUGUGGAAUCUCAAGUGCCGAGGACUGGGGUACCGCCAUCCCUGAUUCCUGUGAAUGCAAGUCUUCUCCGGGAUUCUUUGUCCCUGGAUGUAAACCCCUGCCACAGGGACACACAGGGCCAUCCCUGAUCUUUUCUCAGACCUGUGGUGACGUCAUCUUUUCAAUUCUCGACAUUGUCUUCAAAAUUUGUCUGGGCAUCUUAUUUGGAUUUGCUGUCACUGCACUGCUGGGCCUGCUGAUCACCCUCCUCAUGAUCCAUCAGGUCAAUCGUCAUGAUGGCGCAGGAGGUCCCUCCAUUGCCAUGAAGGGCUACUGAUAUUAACCCUCUGAUCUCUGCACUGUAACAAGAGGAUUAAGUGGUUUAAGACACAACCUCUUAGUUAUUUCCCCUGUUUUUCUUUUCUUUUUUUUUUUUGUAUGCAGGAAUCUUGAGGGGAUUAUGCAGAAUGCUGCUUAAAAAUUUGUUUAGGGAGGAAAAGUUCUGCCUUGUAGAUUUUUUCCUGUGCUUUUAUAUUGUUGAAAAAAUAUAUUGCUUUUUAUAAACAAACAUUUUUUUUAAUGAUCUCUUUUGUGUUAUUUAAUGGAAUGCAGCAUCUGUGAUGUAUUGUAGAGAAGAUGCCCCACUAUAGCGCUGUUAACCCGAGGAGACCAAAAUUGGAGGGAGCCAUUACAGGUUCCUGUCAGGCAAAAAUAUUUCUGUGAUAAAAAGUCAAAAUUAGAAUCUAAAACCUUACUUUAACACCACUUCAAUCUAAAUUUAUUAAGCCAUGUAAACACUCAGGAAUCCACUGUGAUUAUUAAACAAAACAAAGAAAAAAAAACAAAACAAAACAAAACAAAAACGAUGUCCUCAUCUCCAGUAGGCAAUUGAUGCACAGCUGGCUCUUGCUGAGGAAGGAUUUUUAAUGACUGACAAAUUCUACAUCUUUAUGAAUGAAAUAAAAGAAUACUAGUCUUUGGAUUGGAAGUUCAGUAACAUGUGAAGUAAUAAAUUUAAUUUGACACUUCAUUUAAUGUUCUGAUAGGUUAAGGAAUCAAAACUACUUGGUAAGUUUGAGGAAAAUUUCAUUUGGGUCAAAUUGAAAUGAUUGGAUGUCCAUUUCAUAAUGUCCUAAAAUUCUGUGCUAUUACCAUUUAAAGCAACAACCUUGUUCUUUCUAGUAUGUAAAGAAGUCAGGCUCAUUUUUUAUCUUUCAUAGCUGACUGGUAUGGGGUGACAGUUCAAAUGUUGAAAUCAGAAGUUAUUAACUUAAAGUAACUGAAAA